GUCAGCCACGUGACCCGCUCCUUCUUGCCUAGCUACGGAGAAAGCGUCGCUCUCUCCUCUUCGGUCUCCACGGAAGAGAACCCGUCGAGAAAAAUCCAAAGCAGCCCUCCCACGCACCCACUCGGAGUUUUCAAAGUGUCAUGGCAGUUCGUCGGGAACCGUUCGGCGGUGUUCGGACGAAGACUCAAACGAGUUUUAACGCCGUCAGGGCGCCGAACGUGAGGGUUAAAGAUUAGUUAGCAUGCUAGCCGGCUAGUGGUCUCGUCGGGACGCCUCCUGGCUUGACUGCCCCUUCAAAAAGCCAAAGAAAAUGCUUGUCAAUGUUGUCACAGGUUCCGAGAAGACAUGGGCAAGUUCCAAAGCAAGUUUCGCAAGAGGUCUGAGCUGUACAGGGCCUCAGAGGGGGAAAAGGCAGACAGUGCAUUAGAUAGUCAGGUUGUUCAUCAUGAACCGGCCCACCGCGGGUCUGUCAACACAGUCACCAAACUCAGCGCAGACCUGUGUGUUUCUGGAGGCACUGACCAGGCAGUGGUGGUGUAUGACUGGAAACAAGGCCGCAUAUGUCAAUCCUUCCAGGGUCACAACAGAGAAAUUACCAAGGUGGUGUGUUAUCCUGGCAGCACGUGGGUCUUCAGUGCCUCACGGGACAAGAGUGUCCUCAUGUGGGACCUGAACCAGGGUGAUGAGCCCAUUCAGGAGUUUUGUGGGCACCAGUUAGUGGUCAACGGGCUUGCUGUCAGCCCCGAUGGGAGGAAACUCUGCACAGGCUCCCGUGACAACUGCAUGUGCCUGUGGGACAUCGAAUCUGCAAAAUGUGAGCAGAGACACAACAUUUCAAGAAAUCUGGUGACUCACGUGUGCUGGGUGCCAGGUAGCUCCUCGAUUGUCCAAACAUCGGAGGACAAAACCAUACGGGUGUGGGACAGCCGUGCGUGGCAGGUGACAAACACGUUUCCGGCGAAGCAAUACAUCCAGACCCACUGUGACGUUUCUGACAACGGAAAUUACCUGGUGUCCAGCAGCAACGGUUUCGGAGGCCAAGGCUGCGAGGCCACGCUGUGGGACCUGCGUCAGCCGGGCUGCAAGGUGGUGGAGUACCGGGGUCACUUGCAGACCACCGCAUGCUGUGUCUUCCUGCCCGUGCCACUGGAGGGCAGUGGCCCCGCUCUUGUGGCCACGUCCUCCCACGACAGCUCCGUCAAAGUGUGGGACCAGAACUCAGCAGUCUGUUUAGCCACAUUGUCACUACAUGGUGCCGGUCCUCUGGUGUCAUUGGUGCCCAGCGACGCCUCCAAUGUGCUGUGUGCCAGCUUCAACAGCGGACUCCAUCACGUCGAGCUUCUCCAAGCAUCAGGGAACUCUUCAGGCGGAGCCAGUGACAUGGACAUUAGAGUGCUGUCCCGCUUCUAAAAGGUACCAUUACCUGGAUAAAUGUGCCUCCAAAGUCGAACAAAACUUUGGAGUUCACACCAUCAUCUCACACGUCAGCAAAUCUUGUGGGGCUUCAGCUCAGUGAGUGUCCAGAGGAUUUAAGGUGUGUGUGUGAGUGAGAUGUUACCAGUGACAACAAAAAGGAAAGGUUUGACGAGGACCAUAGAAGAAGAAUUGGAAGUUGAAUAUUAUAUAUAUUAUUAUUAAGAUAAAUUAUUAACAUAAUUUUCAAAAUAAAAUGCAAAAAGAAAAUGUUUGGCAUACAGCAAAUAGAAUGCACAAAUGUUUAUUUCAAAAUAUAAAACAGUACAUGUUUUGUGAUUAAAAUAUACACUAAAAUUGAUUUUGGUGGGAUUAAAACAAAAAAACACUUUUGGAUUAGAAAUGAAAUGCACCAAAAAUGUUUUUUCUGAUUAAAAAAAAAAAAUAAAGCACAAGAGGGGGAAAGAAAUAAUAGCAGCAAAUUUGGAAGCUAUGCAAAAAUAAAAUUGAAGAUAGACUUCUCAAGGAAUGAAUAGUUUUACUUGAUUUCAGUUUUUAACUUAUGUUUUUACCCUUGUGUAACAGUUAUAAAAUCAUUUGUACAGUGAUAUUUUAUGGGAGCAUUUAUUUUGAAAUUUGAACAACCUCCAAGUCAACCAGUGUCAAAGCUAAUUGUGUUCCACUUUUUUUCUUUUUCCAAGACUUUCAUGUUUGGAAAUUUCAUGGAGCAAAAAUUGAUUGCAUGAAAGACAUUCGUCAGUUAUUUUGUAAACCGCUUAUCACCAUCAGGGUCACUAAGAAUUGGAGCCUAUCCCAGUUUACUUGAGAGCAAAUGGACUGAAAACACCCUGGACUCGUCUACUGUCCAUCACAGGAUUGUGAAUGGGGACGUUGACUUUGAAUCAAGCAACUACAGGACCAAUGACCCAUUUUGGUGGGUCUGGUUGUUAAAAACAUGAAUACUUUUAAAAUGAUGCUUUACUUGUCACCACACUGAAGCCAAAUAGAAUAUUUUUGUAGAAUGUUACAUAUAGAUUGCUUUGAAUACUUUAAUUGAUGUAUUUUUAAAGAUGAGCAUAUUUUAAACAUGAAGUUGCAGAACUAUGCAAUAAGCUUUAUAGAAAAAUGUUACUAUGAACAAAUCGCAUAGAAAUCAUUGCAAAUGCAAAAUAAAGUUGCUGUCAACAUGC